GAGAGGGAAAUAGAGCGAGUGAGUGAGUGAGCAGAGGAAGGGAUACAGAGGGAUACAGUUACUGUCUGCCCCGGGACGGCUUUUUUGCUCUCUCGUUUUGGGUACCGGAAUCAUAAGGAGCCCCAAGCCACUCUCUUGGCCUUAUAUAGCGUGUUUCAACAUUUCUUGGCAGUUGACAGGAGGAGGUGUAGCCAGCAGCAUAAAGACUUUGUCCUGGUCCGGUCUGAGAGGCUGCACAGACAUCCACAUGAGGCACGCAUAUACACAGAGUAGAGUUCAGUAGCUCUCUGGCACGCGUCUGGGAUUACUGCUGUUGUUUUGAGCAAGAGGGCCGGCGAAGGAAGGAGAGGGAGGAGGAGGAGGAGAGAGAGGAAAGGAUCUGUAUUUGGUACUCCCUCUCUUACACUCUUUCCCUCCUGGAGGGGGGUCUUAAGGAAGGGAGAAUGAAGAGGUAGAGACGAGGCAGAGGGGGAGUGAAGAGAGAGCGUGAGAAAAAGAGGAACUGGUGCACAGGUCACCUCAUCAUGUCAAACGACUACAAAGUAUGAGCCGCCUCCCACUCCUCAGCUGCCAUUAAAGCAUGUAGAUACACCGGGAUCUACGAGGUCCUGCAAGAGUGUGGAGAUAAGGCGAAAGCAGUCAGGGACUCAGGCUGUGGUUCAGGCCAUGGAGGAGAGCUAUGAAGUGGACCUUGUCUACAUCACAGAGAGGAUCAUCUCUGUCUGCUUCCCCGGCAGCGCUGAGGAGCGCAGCUACGUCGCCAACCUCAAGGAGGUGGCGACGAUGCUGCGGUCCAAACAUGGCGAGCACUACCUGAUCCUGAACCUCAGUGAGUGGGGGAACGACUUAACAAAGCUAAACCCAAAGGUUUUGGAGUUUGGCUGGCCGGACCACCAUGCACCCGCGCUGGACAAGAUCUGCAGCAUGUGCAAGGCCAUCGACACCUGGCUCAAUGGGGAUCCUCGCAAUGUGGUGGUACUACACAACAAGGGGAACAGAGGUCGGACAGGGGUGGUGGUGGCUGCGUACAUGCACUACAGCAACAUAUCUGCAAGUGCUGACCAGGCGUUGGACAGGUUUGCGAUGAGGCGUUUCUACGAGGACAAAGCUCUUCCUGUGGGUCAGCCGUCACAAAAAAGGUAUGUGCGAUACUUCAACGGCCUCCUCUCCGGACACAUCAAAAUCAACAACAAGCCGCUGUUCCUGCAUCACGUCAUCAUGCACGGCAUCCCAAACUUUGAGUCCAAAGGAGGCUGCCGUCCUUUCCUGAAGAUCUACCAGGCCAUGCAGCCGGUCUACACGUCAGGAAUAUACAAUGUGCAAGGAGACAGCAACACAAGCAUCUGCAUCACCAUCGAACCCGGCCUGCUCCUGAAGGGAGACAUUUUGCUGAAGUGCUACCACAAGCGGUUCAGAAACCCCACCAGAGACAUGGUGUUCAGGGUUCAGUUCCACACGUGCGCCAUCCACGACCUCGGGGUUGUUUUCGGGAAGAGCGAGCUGGACGAGACCUUCAAAGACGACAGGUUUCCAGAGUACGGAAAGGUGGAGUUUGUGUUCUCAUAUGGACCCGAAAAAAUCAGAGGUCUCAGUCACCUCGAGAACGGGCCAAGUGUCUCCGUCGACUACAACACCCAGGACCCCCUGAUCCGCUGGGAUUCGUACGAGAACUUUGAGCCCCGCUGCGAGGACGCUGUGGACGGCGAGCACGAUGUUGUACACACCCAAGGCCCACUAGAUGGAAGCCUAUAUGCCCGGGUCCGCAAGAAAGACUCCCUGGAGGGAGUUGUCACCAUCAACGGCCUCCCAGUCCUUGAAAACGCCUUGACCAAUCCAGAGCACCCAUUACAGCACCCCAGCCACCCACUCCAAACAACUGAACACACUCUUCCAGUGACAGGCCACGCCUCUCUCCCUGCUGUUGACCACACCCUUUCCGUGAGCAGCGAUUCAGGCAACUCGACCGCAUCCAUCAAGACUGAUCGCACAGACGAGCACAGCCAGUCUUUGCAGAACGCUGCGAACCACAACAACCAGACAGUGACCCACCCGCUGCUCAGCCCACAGGAGAAACGAGAGCUCGACCAGCUCCUGAGCGGCCUUGAAGCACCAACCCAUCAAAGACAAGCCUACCUGUCCACUUCCACCAGUCCAGGAGGAGGUGUCAGGCACCUGGUUCCGGCGCAAGUGCAUGUCAACGGGGGCCACACCAGGCUAGUUGGCGCCCCUUUAACAGACGAGCGUGAGACAGAUAUUCUUGACGACGAACUGCCCCACAGUCAGGAGGGCAACAGUGUGGACAGCUUGGGAACUCUCUCAUCCUUAGAGGGUCAAGCAACACCAGGGGACUACUACCAAUCCCAGACGCCAAGUAGCAGACAGAACGACGGGCCCUACCUUGAAAAAUUAAGCGAGAUGCCCGUGCACGGAGUAAGAACUCCCACAGCGAUGCAGGAGAGGUCUACAGACUCUGCAUCGCCACAAGGGGGAUACAGCAACUACCAGAACGGGGAAGGGAUGUACCGUUCACAGUCUUUUGGGAAUCAACCAGGAAGCAGUCCUGAAACCAACCCUAAACUGAUGCCACGGGCCCCAGAGAGGAGCACCAGUAGCAGGGAGGCCGUUCAAAGAGGUCUCAAUACCUGGCACCAGUACAGCCUCCCAGAUGAUCCGUUUGGACCUCCUCUUCAGUCCACCCACAGCUUGCCCCACUUCCCAACGCCAGCCUCGCAGAGGGACAUUGAGCAGUCCAUCGAGGCGCUCAACAUGCUCAUGCUUGACCUGGACCCAAUCAACUCCCACAUGUCCAAGUCCCACAGUGCACCUCCAGGGGAGAACAGCCUUAAUACGACCCAGGUGCCCUUCUCUCAGACCCUCGCAAGACCUUCAUAUCAAGCAGACUCUGCCAUCCAUGGCUACAACAACUCGGGGUCAAGCAACAACUCCUUCAACCAGCCGUCACGGUCCCCUGGAAGAGUUGCAGCUUUGCCAAACCAGAGCCCUGUUAUGGAGUCCCCUUCAUAUUCUCCCCAGAGAUCCAACGCUGGCUACCAACACCAGAACAUCACCCCAACACACACCCCAGAGCCCUACAUCCACACACGCCAAGCAGCCCACAACUACCCAUCAGACCCGUCCUCGAACUUCAACCAGCAGGUCCAAGGGAAGCCUGCGAACUCGUACCCAGGUGGUGUUGUUUCCCAGUCCCCAGACCUGCAGGGUUCAUCUCCUUACCCGGGCUACAGUGCCUCCUCCUCUCCUCUCCCUACGCUCACCCCUCAGCCCAAGGAUACAUCUUCAACCUCCCUGCCCCGAGAACAAGAAGCAGAGGAGGAGACGCUAAAUUUGGAGGGCCUGGUUGCUCACCGGAUUGCUGGGGUACGCUCCAGAGGUAUGACCCCAGAAGUGACGCAGGAGACCGGCCGGCGUCGGACCACUAGUGAAGGGCAGUACCAGAGCUGCACACCACCGGUGGAUUCACCAGACUUUGCCCACAAUCUGGCCCUCAACCCAGGAGGAAGACCAAGAGAGGGUCCCAUGCACAGUUACCGGGAGGCGUUCGAGGACGAUGAUGCAGACCGGUUUGCCAACAGUCCCACCUCUCGAGGCGGUGGUGAGAUUUCCCCCCAGACCCCCAGCUUCCCCGUGUCACCACAGACUCCUUACUUCAACAUGUCUCGCUCUCCGCCAGGUUUGGCGAAGACUCCUCUGUCAGCGCUCGGACUGAAGCCUCACCAACACGGUGGAUCAGAGAAUCGUAACCUUGUCGACGCAAGGGUGCAGCAGUUCAACGCUGCCCUCUCCUUCGGCAGCCCGGUCCACAGCACCGAUGGGAGGUGGAUGGGUUCCUCUGACAGCCCCGCCCCCUCCCACCCUCACAGACCCGCCUCCCCUGAAGGCUCCCAGGUCAACAUCAUGGGCGUCCACACCGUCCCCGGCAGCCCCAACACCCUCCACCGCACCGUGGCCACCAACACGCCACCAAGCCCCGCCCUCCAGAGACGCUUGGGCCAAGCCAGCCCCUCACUGGCCAGACACACUCCUCCCGCUGCCGGCGGCAUCCCGUCCAGCCCUCUGAUUGGCCGGAAAUCAGCAGCAGCAGCCACAGGCGUGCCUCCCAGCCCUCUGAUGGGUCGCCGCGUCCCACCGCAGAGCGGACACUGCACGCCUGACGAGAUGGGAGCCGCUUCUCGCCAGGGGAGCGUACAACCCCCUGUCACGCCCGCCUUCCCCGUGUCCCCACAGCUCCCCGAGAAGAGACACAUGUCCAGUGGGGACGCAGAGAGGACGGAUAACAAGAAUCUGACGCCUGCGCCUGUGAGCGGAGGGAGCACGCCGAACCUGACUGGAGCACACACACUGCCAGACAUCUCAAAGUCCAUAUACGAUGGUUACCCAGACAUCAAGAUGAAUGUGAAGUUUGUCCAGGACACGUCCAAGUUCUGGUACAAGCCAGACAUCUCAAGAGAGCAAGCCAUCAAUCUGCUGAAGGACAGGGAGCCCGGGGCGUUCAUCAUCCGGGACAGUCAUUCCUUCCGGGGAGCGUACGGCCUCGCCAUGAAGGUGGCCUGCCCGCCUCCGACCAUCCAACAGAACAAGAAAGUCGGUGACAUGACCAACGAGCUGGUGAGACACUUCCUGAUCGAGACGAGCGCCAAAGGUGUGCGUCUGAAGGGCUGUCCCAACGAGCCCUACUUUGGUUGUCUCUCCGCUCUGGUGUAUCAACACUCCAUGACUCCUCUGGCUCUGCCCUGCAAGCUAAUGAUCCCCGCCAAAGACCCGAAUGAGGAGGCGCUGGAACUGGCCACGCCCACUGACCCUGUGGUUGAGCUUCUCAAGCAGGGAGCCGCGUGCAACGUCCUCUACAUCAACUCUGUGGACAUGGAGUCUCUCACGGGGCCGCAGGCUGUCGCAAAGGCGAUCACUCAGACUCUGACCACCAACCCUCUGCCUGAUGCGACCACCGUCCACUUCAAGGUGUCCUCGCAGGGCAUCACGCUCACCGACAGCCAGAGGAAACUUUUCUUCAGGCGACACUACCCCAUCAACACAGUGACUUACUGUGACACUGACCCCCAGGACAGGAAGUGGGGCAAAGAGGGAGGAGGCUCCGUGAGGCUCUUCGGCUUCGUCGCGAGGAAACAAGGAAGCACAACAGACAAUGUGAGCCACCUGUUUGCAGAGCUGGACCCCGACCAGCCGGCCUCGGCCAUCGUCAGCUUCGUCUCCAAAAUGAUGAAGCGGUGAAACCUCCCUCCGCCUGCAAAUGGCGGUGGCCAUUGUGAAAUCUUCCUUCGUCGUUCGUCGGUGUCUUCUUCGCCAGGACUCGAUGAUGUCCUUAUUUUUCUGUUUCCUGUUUUUUUUUCUGUUUCCCUCUUCUCUCGUUUUUGUCUCUCUGCCUUGCUGGUUUGUCUUGGUCUUUUUCGGAAGAUUGGAAGGAUUCAGUUGGCGCUAGUGGACGUGCAGGGUGGAGCCGUGAACGUGACAAACAUGGAGGUGACAGAAGGGAGAAAAUGAACUCGCAGGGGCGACCUGUACUAGAAGAAAAAAGCUCGCUACAGACUUAAAGAGGCAAAGCUAAGUUCAAGUCGGGGAACACGUAAGGACUCGUACGUUUCAGGGUUUUCUGUUGUCGUUUUUGUCGAUUGAUUUACCAAAGGUAGUUGCAACACAAGUGCAAGAAUGAUGUAGCUAUUAAGCCAUUUUUAUUUCCUCUUUUAAAAGAUGAAGUGAACAAAACAAGAAAAAAAACAAAGAACUACUCUUGAACUGGUCUUCGGGAAAAAAGUUGGCCUUGACGGCUUUUAGCAAAACAGAAUCCGAAGACCUUAUGCAUGUUAGCUUGAUCUUUAAGCUCGGUUCUUCUACCUUCCACCUGAAAAAAAAAAUCAUUGUGAAACCUUUGGAGUGGUGACUCCUGGGUCUGCUGUGUGUUUGGAAAGGGCUCUGCAGUGAAAAUAGACUGAUUUAAAACUGCGCACAGCAGACCAGACAGGAAAAAAAAAAACAACACACCACGCUUUGAAAAAGGUUGACGCACUUUGCAUCGGUCCAAGCCUGACACCUCUUCUUCAAAUUGGAUUACUUCACCUUGAAAUCAUCAACUCCUUAAAAAACAAAGGCAGACUUUGUCCACAAGAUGGCGCCAUCCACUAAGGCUUGGAUCCACCCUUCCCCUCCUUGAGUCUCCCAUCACCAACUGCUUGCAGUCUGUUGAAACACACUGGAAACCACCAGGGACUGAACCCACGACCUGGACCUAUGCACUGUCUUCUUUAUGCAUGUUGUUGUCCCAAAACUUGCACCGCCCCCCUCCUCUCCUCCUCCCUCCUUCCUCCCUCCAUAGCUACAUUCACUGAAAACAUUCUUCGCUUUGUGCUAAAAAAAAUAAGACGACAUAAAAAAAAACAACCUUACGACAAGUACAGCGAGGUUGUACGACUUGUCGAAGAGACUGCAUGAAAUAGAAACAUCUUUUGUAAAAGAGUCCUGAAACAGAAGUAGACAAACCCAUUGUUGAAGUAGUCACAUGGUGGUGAGAUGCUCUAUUUUUUCUUCUUUUCUUUUAACCUUUUCUGUCCAUUUGAGCCAGGGUUACCUUUCACUGUAUCAAACAGAGUCUGUUCUUUCGUUUCUCCGUCUCACAGUGUCGUCAGAUUGACAUUUAGAAACCUUUUAGGGCAAAAAGAAAAUGUUAAAAAAAGGAGUUUCCACACUGUGCGCAAAUGCCUGCUUGUUGAACACACGCUCAACCAUCACAAUAAGCUAAGGAAAAAUUGAUAUUGAUAUAAAUGUACAUAGAUAUACUACUUUGAAAGGUGACAUAGCGAAAAAGUAUUUAUUUUUGUUGCUUUGGUCCCUCAUGGUUACUCAUAUAUACAUAUAUUGUACAGUCUAGAUAAAGAAGAUUACCUAAAAUGGGUCGAGAAAAAAUAUAGACUUAUUUUGGCUAAUGAUUUCAAAGUCUGACGAUUUUGAAAUGUGUUUGAAUAUAUGGUGUACAUUACUUUGUACAUGUAUAUGUUUGUUUCUUUCGGGCUCGUCAUGUUUUUGUUUCUGUUUGAACGAGGUAGGGCAUGAAUGAGAUAGAAGACUUUGCAUGGACUGACGCAUUUUUCAGGUGCGGGAACGCGCUCGUAGACGCUACAAGAAAAUGCGCCGUAGCUGGUAGAAAAACUAACGGUGAAGGAGGCGACGACGACGACUUUAGCAAAAAGGGAAAAAAAAUAAACAACCUCAAAUGCAAUAUGAAAACAGCUGUAUGCACCCAUGACGGUUACUUUUAUAAUUUUGCCAAAGAUUCAAACACGACACAUCUAUGCUGACAAGCUGCAUGUCGCUCUUUUGUUGCUUUUUAUUCGUGCUUCACUCGCGCAGCUUCUGCAGCAGAUUGAAGGAACUUUAACCAGCCGGGACACGCGGAGGUAUCACAGGGGCCUUUGGAUUUAUACAUUUAUCAGCAGACGACUUCUUCUCCUCUUUUUUUAAUGUUUGACACUCCAAAAACAAACCUGCUGUGCCCCCAAAAUUGGAAGUGUGUAAACAAAGCACUUAUUAUGCUCACAGAAAAAAAGGAGCGACGGCUCCAAAACAAAGUUCCACAUCCUGUCUCACCAUGACGCUCAAAGCUCCACUUCCGCUGCAGCUUCUUUUUUUCCUUUUUUGUCAGACUGCCAAAAGGUGUCUCCUCGGACCCUGAUCAAAAGUCGCAAUUUAUUUAUUCUUAUUUAUUCUUUUUAUUUCAAGAUUUCAUCGUCGCAUUAUCGCAACGGUCAGUGUUCACGAAUGGAGGAAUGUACGGUGGCCGUUCACUCAAAGCAGAGAGGUGCACGCCGCUUUUGUCGGAGGAUUUAAAAAGACAGAGAAGAGUGAGCGUUUGAUUCAAAGUGAAGCCGACGUCGUAUACCUGUUUGUUUUGAGUCAAGAGUCACCGCCGUGAAAAAGACUUCUGUGACCCCCGCUGUGCAGAUGAUGGAACUUGUUGUAUGAAUGUGCUACUAAUGGAUGUACAAAAAGGGUCUCAGAUUUUGUUUGUGCUUCUCAUUUACAUUAUAUUGUCAUGGCUUAGGAGAAAAAAAACAUUAAAGCAAUACAAAUCAGUUACA